AACACAGAUAAAAAAAAUUACCUACUUGGUCGUCUUGUUUUGUGUUUGGUGAAUAAAAUUUAAUAAAACAUUGCAAUGGCCCUUGUUGCUUACGAUAAUAGUGAUUCCAGUGAAUUUGAAGAUGAAGAUACCAAUUCAGCACCUAUUGCAGCCAUAAUACCCAAAGCAGAUGUACCAUCAACAUCCACAUCAAUAGCCAACACAACAUCAGAGAACGGUUUAAGCUCAGAAGAAGGGCGCAGCUUGUUCAACCUCUUGCCUCGGCCAUCAAGUAAGAAACCAGAAGUGGUGGAGGAGGAUGAUGAGUUUCUGCACAAGAAGGAGGUGGCUGCGAAUGUUGUGAAGCCUAAGGCUCGGAUCACAGUGCCUUCCCUCAGUGAUUUCAAAGAUGUGGAAGACGCUGCACCUACAAAACCUAAAACUGCCAGCACGAAAAAAUCUGGCCUUCUCAGUAUGCUACCUCAGCCAAAGAAUGCAGUGACAUCAACCAUAACAUCCAAAUCUCUCAUACCACAUGUGUUAACACAGAAGCCCAAAAAGUCAACUGUUAAGAAAAAAACAACUUUACCCACUCCGGCCAAACCAGCACAAGCUAAGACAUUAGGGAUAGCAUAUUCUGAUGAGAGUGACAAUGAUGAUGACGGGGAGCAAAAUGACUUCUUCUCAAUAAACAAGCCAGUUGAGCUUCCUGUAGCAGACUUGCCAUUAGACAUAGAUGGAAAUCCAGGAAAAAGUAUUGACAAAGUUCUGAAUAACCCCCCACCUGUUCAGAGGGAGGUGAGGAAUGUAGAGUCCUAUUUCAAACAGGAUGAGGUUGAAAAUCAUGUGGAAUUGCAGCCUGAUGAAAGUAGCUAUUAUGAUGAGCCAGCUAGCAGUUAUAGUGCAGGCAAUGUGAAUGGGGAAAGCUCUAGUAAUGAGUUGGCUUUAGACGAGGAAGCUAUACGUCAACUAUGCGGCACUCGAGGCAAGCAGAAGCGCGAGGAGAUCCAGCUAGUCGACGUGAACCAACAGGAGGUGCUGGCCGACUCCCGCGAGUGGCUGCUCAAGGGACUCAUGGACGACACCACCAAGCGCGUCUCGGCUAGCAAGAAGAAGGGCAAUGAACCCACCAACCAGCAGAAGAGGAAGCACCAGAUCACGUAUUUGGCUCAUCAGGCCAAAGCCAAUGAAGCGGAACUUCAAAAUCAAUGGGCGAACAACAGGAUGUCCAAGCGACAAACACAGUCCAAAUACGGGUUUUAGUACAUAUUUAUGUUUCAUCAUCAUUCAUGUAUCCAUUAUAUGUUUUUUAUAAGGUAAUCAUUGUAAAUAAAUAGUAAGUAAAUAUACCUUUUAAUACCUA